AGAUGCAGGAGAACAUCAUCAUAGGUUUGACUUAAUAGGAAAAUGGUGUCUGGCUGUUUUCUGUUUCCAUUUUUCCUCUAGUCACUGCUUGUUAGUAAACAUGCUUAACCACUAUCAAGGGAGAAAAUCAUUAAACCAACUGCAAUACUGUAUAUAAUUAUGGUGUUUCCUAUAUAAAUUCUUGAUAACAACUGUGCUUCAAGGCGACAUUGGACUAAUCAGGUGAAUCGGUAAAAACAUUUUGGUCCUGGAGGGCAGCAAUCAAUGUCAAGGAAAAAAAGGCAGGACUAUAUGACGGGACAAAAUCAGACCCAGGUGACGGAUUUCAUCUUUUCAGGAUUCACAGAUCAUCCAGAAUUACAAGUUGUUCUCUUUAAUGUAUUCUUGAUUAUUUAUAUCAUCACACUGAGUGCAAAUCUAGGGAUGAUCCUGUUGAUCAAGAUGGAUCCCCAGCUACAUACUCCAAUGUACUUCUUUCUCAGCCAUUUGGCCUUCCUGGAUGCCAGCUAUUCUUCAACUGUAACCCCCAAGGCAAUAACAGAUUUUUUAGCUGACAAGAAAACCAUUUCAUGGGGUGGAUGUCUUAUACAAUUUUUUAUGUUUGUUGCAUUGGUGACCACUGAAUUAUUUUUGCUCUCAGUCAUGGCAUAUGAUCGAUAUGUGGCCAUUUGCCAUCCAUUGCUUUAUUCUAGAAUUAUGUCCAAAAAGUGUUGUGUUUCCCUGGUAGUUGGUAUCUAUAGCUAUGGAUUUGUGAACUCCAUAAUCCAGACAGCAUUAACAUUCCAGUUAUCCUUCUGUGGUCCAAAUUUAAUUAACCACUUUUACUGCAAUGACCCACCACUUCUAGCUUUAUCCUGCUCGGACACUCAGACAAAAGAAAUCCAGCUUUUUGCCUUGAGUACAAUCAAUUUAACUGGGUCCCUCUUCACAGUCAUCAUCUCCUCUAUCUAUAUUCUGAAUGCCAUAUUUAGAAACCAUUCUACUAGCGGAAGACACAAAGCCUUCUCUACCUGUGCCUCCCACCUGACUGCUAUUGUGAUUUUCUAUGGCACCCUCUUCUUCAUGUAUGUGCAACCAAGCUCUUCUCAUUCUCUGAAUUAUGACAAAGUAAUUUCUGUGUUUUAUGCUGUUGUGAUCCCCAUGCUGAACCCCCUUAUCUAUGUUUUAAGAAACAAAGAAGUUAAAGGAGCCUGGAGAAAAAUGAAGGUUAAGAAAUUGUUUUUAUAAUAUGACAUGUAUAUAUGUGUCUAUUUUGCAACUUUUUAUAUCUUGCCCACUCAACAGAUCAUGAACUAGAUAAAAUGCAACAGAUUAAAAUUACAAAAUCAAUAAUGGAAAUGAGCCAAACUUUAAAAAAAACAGUAAUAAUAAAUCAACCUGUCCUAA